AUGCGGAACACCAUUCCGAUCCCAGAGACUCCUCAUCCAUGGCGGACUGUGAGCCCGAGACGCACAAUGGCACCUCUGGUGCCUCCCCCCAUAUCUACUAGCGACUACCCGCCAUUGCCUCUGCUCGGUGCUCCGUCGAGUUCAUUCUCCCCCCCUCCACUUCCUGGAUAUAUCGUGUCAACACACGUUCUCCCCGCUGCAUAUCCUCGCACGGCGUCUUCAAAAUGGGCCCCGCCGCCUGUAAACCAGACAAAGACCGAGCAACAUGCCCGCGCAGAGUCAGAUCUGCAACGCCUGAUCACGCUCAAGGAAUCCCAGGAACACGGAACGCUUUCAGUCCCACCUCGUGGAGAAGUCCUGUUCAACACUGUGAACUGUUACAGGCCGACUCGUCAACGGUCUUCUAGCCGGCCUAUCACGUUGUUACUGUUACAUGGGAUUGGCUUACACAAAGAGUCUUGGGAACCUUUCCUAUCUGACCUAUCCAAGUCUCUUGAGUGUGGAUCAUCCAUUUUCAUUGACGAGAUAUGGGCGCUGGAGUUAGUUCAGCACGGUGACGCUGGGCUUAUCAAUGAACGAGAUCUCGGAGACAUUUUUGAUUCUUCCGACUACGGGCGUGAUAUAGCAAACUUUCUUCUGAGCUACCUACCUGACGAGCCUUCGCGAAAGCCAGUCGGAGUGAACCUAUCACGGGUAUCGGAAGAGGAAGCGGCACCACAGCGAUCCCAUCUGAUCACGGUUGCUCUCCCAAGUGUGUACCCCGCAGUCGAGAUGCCAAAGUUGUUCUCCUCUCUCAUUCUUGUUGAAUCCGUAUCUAUUCCCGAGUACAUGCCAGAAGCGUUGGGUAAUCGCCGAGCCGAGGCACUUUGCCUCAAGCGUCAGAGUCAAUGGAACUCAUGGUCCAAUAAGUACUAUCGGAAAUGGAGUCCGCAAGCAAUGGGAGUAUACCUCAAGUACGCACUCAGUGCGACCGCUCACGGAACUAUUUGUCUCAAAGCACAUCCUUAUCAAGAAGCGAUCAUCAUGGUGGAACGUAGAAUGCCGUUUGAGACGUGGGAGCUCAUUGCCUCUAUAUCGCCGUCUGUAAGGCUUCACUGGAUCAUGAGCGCAAACAGUGUUCCUCAAGAAGCCCCGACUGUGUUAGCAAACUUGGUCGCAGACUUCCUUCGGCACGAAUACAGACAAUCUUCUGCAAUGGGCCCUGUGGCGGGAACAAGCGCCUAUGCGCAGUGGCAGGCUUCAAAGUUAUAG